AUGCUGUACUUAACACCACAUACGUACGUACAUAUCAUGACCAUUAGAAGGCAGAGAUUUCUUUUAUGGUUGAAAGCGUUGCAUCAUUGUCCAAGAGAAGUAUGCAGAUGGUCGAUGAAUGCAUGGAAAGAACAACAAAUUGAUUUGAAUAGACUCAAUGACGACCACCUUCAAAGAAUGUCAUCUACUCAUUUACUUAACAUCUCAUUUCUUAUUUCUGAAAGCAUAAAGGAAACACAAAAUAAUAGGUAA